ACAGUGCCCGGCUGUUGUAAUAUUUUAGUAUAGGCAGCCACAUGUAGUGGUGGUUAGUCACAGUGUUGUUACUUAUAUCGUAGGUAGGGACCUAGGUAGGUGGGGAGGCCAACUGUACGUACAGUCUGGUAGUCAGCAUGUCCACAAGCCAGACCGAAGCCAACAGCGAUGCAGUAGUGGGCGGCACGGCCACAGAUCCGACCAAAGAGGAUCCAGGAAAGAUGUUCGUCGGGGGACUGAGCUGGCAGACAUUUUCGGACGGUCUACGCGACUAUUUCAGUAAAUUCGGAGACAUCAAGGAGUGCGUAGUGAUGAGGGAUCCGGUCACUAAGAAGUCGAGAGGUUUUGGAUUUGUGACGUUUGCUGACCCAGACUGUGUCCAAGAUGUGUUGAACGCCAAGCCGCACGUUCUAGACAGCAAAACGGUAGAUCCAAAGAAGGCCGUUCCAAAGUCGAAACAGUCUCCUAAGGUGCAGAUGGUGACAAGAACCAACAAGAUAUUUGUGGGUGGUUUGUCAGCUUCCACCAGUGCUGAGGAUCUCAAGAACUUUUUUGACAAAUAUGGCAAAGUUUCCGAUGCUAUGCUGAUGUUUGAUAAGUCAACAGAAAGACAUAGAGGGUUUGGCUUUGUGGUGUUCGAGUCAGAAGAGGAUGCUGACAAUGCCUGCAAGGAUCAUUUUCAUGAGAUAAAUGCAAAAAUGGUAGAAGCUAAAUUGGCACAACCCAAAGAAGUAAUGUUUCCAUUUGGUAAAGGUCGCCCAAUGGACAGAGGUUAUGGUCAUGGUGGCUAUUCUGGUAUCUAUGCAGCAGAUUACUUUGCACAAGUGGCUGGAGGGAUGCCUGGUGGAAUGGUUCGUGGCCGUGGAAGGGCAAGACCUCCAUAUCCAGGCUUUUAUGGAGGCUAUCCGAGUUACUCUUACAUGCCACAAUAUCAAUACAGUCCUACAGGUGUAACUUCAGAUCAGCGCCGUCCUCCCAGUGCUGGUUCAUUUUAUGGAGAUCAUUUUUCAGGCACCAUUGCGGGCCCUAUGCGACAUGUCCUUUCACUCACAGAUUCACCCAUGCAGUCACCUGGACUGUCAAGAGAGUUUAGUGGUGUGGGAAUGACUAUAUUUGGAUCACAAGCUACACCUGCUUCUCCUGUCACACCCCAUGCAAUUCACAUGUUACCCCCACCAAGCCCAGUGCAGGGAACCCCGUCUCCAGCUGUGCCUCUGGAUCAGUUGGUCACCAGCGCUUCCACUCCCAUCAAUUAUCUCAGUUCAGCAAUGGCAAACGUUAACCUGAGUGCUGGCUACUCGGGCUACUCUGCUCCAGCGAUUGCGUCAACCAUGGGAGAAAACGGACCGACAGCUCCAGGGCAGCAGGGACAGGUAUUCAAUUCAUUGCAGUUCGAGCCAACUGCUACUAUGCCUGAUGUGUGGAUUCCCCAAAAGGGUACCUAUGGAAAUGGCUACAGUAUCCAGAACAGUGCACCUCGUGCACCUUACCAGUAGAUGUCACAAGCUAGGAUUUGAAGGAAAUGGUUCAAGAGGAGAGAGUAUCAGUGACUAUUUUCCAUAUUAUACAUUCAUUCUUGGGCUGUUUUAUUUAUGAGGACUUGACUUGGAUAUACUGGAGUAUUUUAUGUGACCGAAACGUGUGUGUGUGUGUGUGUGUGUGUAAGAUGGUAUACCUGUCGAUGAGUUAUUCAAUAUUAUUGCUCGUUUUUGGUACUGUGAUCUUUGUGAUGCUUUUACAUAAUCGUUGUAUGGCUGUGUAGUGGAUAGAGGUAGGUGUGAACUGGAAUUGGUCGGUAGAACAAUCAGAUGAUUUUUAGUGCUUUGUAGCUAGAACAUGCUUAUUACACUUGAAACAUUUGAGAAAUUUUAGCAGAAAUACAUUUAUGAAGUAUCAAGUAAA